AUGGCUGGAGACAUGGCCACAUCGCUGCUGGGUACGACUGCAUCCCCCCAGCGCUCCCUGGCACUUCGCGCCGGAUUUGCCGUGGCCCUGGUCGGAAGUGGCGUCGUCAUGGGGAUUGCCAUGGAGAGGGCUGGAGGGACAGCUGCCAUAGCUCUCACCAGUCGGGAGCCACUUCCCGCAGGAAUCAUGGAAGGUUUGGAAGGCUAUACGCACCUCUUCAGUAAAAUGGAUGUCUCAAUGCUCCCACAGGUCUUUCACAAGCAGAUGUCUAUGUCUGCUUUGGCGAAUGAGAACGAUUUGGGCAGCUUCCAGGUCAUGGACUACUCGGGGCUGGAAGGCAUGUUGAGCACCUUCACCGAUGUCUUCGAAGGAAGAAAGCCGGAAAGCAGUCUUCCGAAGGACCUCCAGGGCCUGAAAGGAGCUACGAUGAUCGGUGCGACGACUCCUGUGACGCACUACAGACUUGGCCCCAAUGAGUACGUGACGGAGAUUUAUGACACGCUUGCGCGUGAUGGCAAGGUCUUGGUGGCUUUCCACACGAACCUGCAUUGGAUCAAGACGACGGAUGGCUGGCGCAUCAAGGACAAGAUCUACGCAACUCUCCCCUGA